GCACUGCAUCAUCUCAUAGACUGAACCUUGCUUUUGCCAGUAUUUACAGAUUCACUGAGAUGCGUCAGCAUUCCCCAGCAGACACUGAACUGCACAGCCUGCCACAGAUAUUUACUGUCUCUUCAGCAUAUCAGUGGGGAACGGGGCGGUGUAUUCUCUCUCUUUCUCUCACACACACGCACACAGACACUGAGGGAGGGAUCUACUGCCUGGCAGAGGGAGAGCUGCAAUCAGGGCAGGAGAAGAGGAGAAGAGGUGAAGAACAGAGGGACACUGGGGGACUGGAGAGGACAAAAGGAGAAAAAAGCACAUAGCAUUUAAGAGAUGGGUGAGUCUUAACUAAGAGACCAGGAAGGAAGGCAGAGAAAGGGAGAGGAGGACAGCUGUGGGGAAGAGAAACAGAAGGGCGUUCAGAGACUGAGUCAGCUUGAAAAGCACAAACACCAGGAGACAAGUGCAGAGAGCACCCCAGCAUACAAAGAAGGACCUGUUUUGUCAGAGUCUGCACUAUGAGCACAAGAAAGAGCUGCCCCCUGUCACUGGAGCAAGAAGAUGGGGAGCAAAAACAGAGUGAGGGUACUCCUGACCUGGAGCGACAGGACUGUGAAGUGGAGCUGAGGAACAAGGCUAUUCUGCAACAGAAGAGGCGCCUUAAACAGGCCACACAAUUUGUGCACAAGGACUCUGCUGACCUGCUGCCCCUGGAUGGCUUGACAAGGCUUGGCACCUCCAAGGAUCUGCAGCCGCAUAGUGUGGUCCAGCGGCGCCUCAUGGAAGGCAAUCUGAACAAGCUGCGGGGCGAGACCAGGGUUCGGUCUGCAUGGGUUCAAUCUCCACUGGCAAAAGACCGGGAUGAAAAGAUGGAAAAGGGAGAGGACAGGACAAAAGAGACCUCAGCCCUGCUAAUACAGUGCCAGUGCCAAGGUCAGGUAUUGAAAGCCAUUGUAAAUACUGGAUGUCUGCCAAAUCUCAUCUCCAAGAGAUGUUUAUACCAGUUGGGGCUGGAAGAAGUGUCUGUCAAGGACUGUGGAGACCUUUCUCUUCCCAUCCACAAUGUUGUCGGCCGAGUAGAACAUAUGGAAUUGCAAUUUGGCCAGGAGAAAGUGCUGUGUUCAGCACUGGUUGUAGAUGAUGAAAUGCUGGAGUUUUGCAUUGGUCUCCAAACUCUGUUGUCUCUCAAGUGUUGCAUCGACUUGGAGGAAGGAGCCCUGAGAUUUAAAACACUGAAUCAAGAUUUGCCUUUUCUACAUGCUUUUGAAGAGCCUGGUCAGUGACUGACUGCAUUCCCCGUGUCUGGGGCUGAGAAGACUUGCUGCCAUAUGAGAGAGAUGAGGGUGAGGCUCACGUGCCCCUAACCUUGCCAAGUUCUGGGUUGAUGCAUUCACCAUGGAGUGAGAAAAAGACAAAUGGGUGCUGGAAACUGUUGUUACUGGGAGUGUCUCAUCUUGGGAGAGCUCUCCCUCCUUUCAUUAGACCCUCUGCUUGUCCCCAUGCGCUGAAUGGGCUUUUUCUUGUUGUUUUUCUGUCUUGCUCUAGUCCCCUGAUUUCUGUUUCUCUCUACCCUUUCAAUGACAUUUUUUUUACAAUACCCUCUGUUCAUAAGACGAGAGUCACUGUGAAGAGUCUGCAGUUGUUCUAUGGACAGGACAGUGCUUUCUCCAAAAGCCUCCAAAGAUUGCUGUGUAUGUUUCCCUUAGCUCUCUUCCUCAAUGUGAACAGACUUCACUCCUCUUUCUUUGUGGGAAGGGCUCUGUGGCCAGUCCCCUCACCCGCACUCUGGGAAUCUGGAUUUUGUUACUUCUUUGCUGGCUCAGAGCAGAACAGGAUUUUAUUGGAAAAAAAAUUGCAGCAAGAGCACUUUUAGAGUUCCUAAUUCUAAGAAACCUUUGAAAAAAACACUGAACUUAGAUGCGUAGAGUAUGGUAGACACCAAUGGAUGCUUGGGCUUUAUUACUGCAUCAUUGGCUACUAGGCUAUAUUGUGUGAAUGGCAAAGCUGAUCAUCUCUUGAUGCUACACAUGGUAACCAGGCCGCUCCUCUCUGCAAUUCAGCUCCAAGAGCUAUAUUCCUAUCACCUCUGCUGCAUCAUCAGUCUGCAAGCCUGCCACUCAUGUUAAAUGUUAAAAUGAAUUAUAACACCUGGUCUUCUGCUCUGUUAGCAACUUUCUUUCAACAUCAGAUCUAGUGGUUGGACACAAAUACAUCAUCAACCUCAAGUCCUGGCAUUUCACAGCCCAUCAACUUUGCUACUAUUGCAGGAAAGGAGAACUAGACUACUAUGCAGAAUCAGCUCAGAUCAGACAACUGUGAACUCAUCUGGGAUGAACAGUGGUUAUAAGUCACUUUUCUUUUUUUUUCCAUUUGCAUCCUAGAGCAUAGCUGUAUGAUAAAUUCAAAGUCUGUUCUUUACUAGCUAUAUGAAAGAUGCACCACAUCAGGGCUUGCUCUGUCUCACGACUAUUUAGUGACUAUCCAAACUUCACAAUGUCCCCUCAUCUACCCAUAGAAUGUCACGAUAUCCUCAUUUUGCCUAUCCUGCUGGAUUAAACACCACUGGUUUCCUCUCAUUUCCUUCCUCUCAUUGUUUCUAUUGUGCUUCUCAAACACUUAUAGAAUCACAGAAUCUUUACAUUUGGAAAAGACCUUCAAGAUCAUCUGGUUCAACCAUCACCCUACUACCAAUGUCACCCACUAAACCAUGUCCCUAAACACCAUGACCAACAUUUCCUUAAACUCCCCCAGAGACAGUGACUCCACCACCUCCCUGGACAUCCCAUUCCAAUGCCUGACUGCUCUUUCUGAAAAGAAAUGCCUCCUAAUUUCCAACCUGAACCUCCCCUGGCGCAAUUUGAGGCCAUUCCCUCUUGUCCUAUCGCUGGUUAUCUGUGAGAAGAGGCCGACCCCCAGCUCUCCACACCUUCCUUUCAGGUAGGUGUAGAGAGCAAUAAGGUCUCCGCUGAGCCUCCUCUUCUCCAGCCUAAACAACCCCAGUUCCCUCAGCUGCUCCUCACAGGACUUGUGUUCCAGGCCCCUCACCAGCUUUGUAACCUUCGUGUGCUUCUCUGGACUCGCUCAAGCACCUCGAUGUCCUUCUUAUAGUGAGGGGCCCAAAGCUGAACACGGUACUCGAGGUGCGGCCUCACCAGAGCUGAAUACACGCAUUUCUGUGUGUGUUUUUUGUUGUUGUUGUUGUUUUUUCCCUGAACCAGCUGUUGGAUUCUGUAUUUUAACAUGCGCUAUAAACAGUGGAAUU